AUGGACGUCCCUGGCCAAGGCUCACAAGUGCAGCCUCUCCUUGAUGAGGCCAAGACACUUGUCUCCCAACUCUACAAUCCGGUCAACACUGGCAACCCUGCCAAGAUCAAGGCCAUCCAAGAACAACUGCAGACCCUUCAAAGGAGUCCGCAGGCAUGGCUGAUUGCCAACUAUCUCCUCAGUGAUCAAAGCACAGACCUGAGGUUCUUUGGCGCUUUGACAUUUACUGUCAAGAUCAAUCAGGACUGGCAACAGCUCAGUGAAAAUGAGAUCCAGGAGGUCCUGGCCCGUCUCAUUGACCAUUUUGUCUUUCUGGUCAACGGAGGAGAGCAGGCUUUGGUGAUCCGCAAGCUGGCUUCCAGCUUAGCCACGAUCUUUCUAAAGCCUAAAGCCCCGUGGACUCGUGCAAUUAAGAGUCUAGCGGCCUCUCUGGCAAAUGGAAAGUACGUCCCGGAGCAACAGUGCCAGUCUUUCGACUUGCAAAAUGCGAUCCUUCCGGCGAUGCCCGAAAGAUACGUGGCCAGCCUGCUUUCUUUCUGCAAUAUCCUGGGCGAAGAAAUCAACAGGUCCUCGGAGUCUCGCAAACCCGAAGACGCCGACCGUAUUUCUCAGAAUGUGGAAGACGCGUUCGCUCUGGUGAACUUUGUUCUUUACAAUAUCCUGCAGCAGCGGGCUUCUGGUAAUACUAUUCCCGAAGGUCCCGGAACGGAGACUAUCAAUUCAUACCACUCAUGGAUGUCCGUCCGAAGUGCAUUCCCCUCGCGCGACGCUGUAUCCACGUCGCAGCCUGACACCACAACCAAUUAUGUUAUCCAGACCUUGAAUAUCCCCAGUCUUUCCAAAUCUGCAGGGCAGGUCCUGGUUGAAAUCCUAGAUUGGCGGGACAACACAUUCAAACCAGACCAUCUCGAGUCAAUCCUGGAAUAUCUCGUCAGCGACACCGGUAGCAAGCACGUGAUGGGGCUCCUCGACGCCGAUUAUGAUGAGGAGAACAUGACGUAUCUAGAGCUCCUACUGGCCUAUGCAUCACUGAAGCAGCGGGAUUUGCUAACGAAGACUCUUGAUCGACAGCAUGCGCGACUGCUGGAAUUGCUGCAUACCGCGUUCAGGGCUUCCGGAUUCGCAGCAAUCGAAGAUAUGGCGAGCCCGUUGUUGGUAGAAUGGUGGACAGAAGUUGCAGACGACCUCCAGGAAAUCAUGCUGGAAGCAGAAGAUCAGUCCGCAUUCGCAUUCGCCAAACAAAACCUAGCUCGCGCUGCCACGAACUGCUUCGCCAAGCUGCACUGGCCGGAUUUGUUUCUCCUGCGAGAAUGGUCCGAUGAUGAUCGCGCCGAAUUUGCGUCUUUUCGCCGUGACGUCUGCGAUUUUCUUCUGGCCAUCUAUCCCAUGCUAGGUGUUGAGUUGGUCCAGGUGUUCCAGGAGCGCGCCACGCAGUCGCUUGAACAGAAGAAAUGGACCACCUUCGAGGCGGCCAUCUUCUGCAUUGCCCAGCUUUGCGAGGCGGUUGAUGAAAAUCAGCAUGCGGAUCAGUGUCUGAAUACGAUUUUCUUCAGCGAUGAAUUCGCUCGGUUGUGCGAGAGCAACGAGCUGGAGGUGCCGGACAAGGCCCGCCAAACCCUGGUGGACAUGUUUGGAAAAUACCGGUCGUACUUUGAACGGACCCACGCCUUGCUCCCCCGGGUAUUGACAUUCCUGUUCGCUUCGCUCGAGGUGUCUACGUGCGCCUCGGCCGCAUCCCGGUCCAUCUCCUACCUCUGCAAAUCCUGCCGUAAUGCUCUUACCUUUGAGCUGCCCGCGUUCAUGGCCCAAUUUGAACAGUUCCGCAUGAAACCCACCGCCACGACCUCCACCAUGGAGAAGGUGUUGGAGGGAAUAGCAGCGAUAGUACAGACCCUACCGUCCGACGAAGAGAAAACCCACAUCCUCGAAGGCAUUCUAAAACAUUUCCACGAACAGGCGAUGCUAGCACGGGAUCAAGCCGCGCGCGGCCUCGUCGAUCCCGCCCGCUACCUGGCUCACAUGGUGCUUCGGUGCGUGGCCAGUAUUGGCAGAGGCCUCCGAACGGAAAACGAAAUCGCCCUAGACGGCGGCCCCGGCGAAGACAGCAACCCCUACCCACCCACAUUUUGGAAUGCCGGCAAUGGCGCUGCCUCGCAGAACCUAAUCAUGCAAUGCAUGCAACUCCUCGUGACCGACUUCCCCCUGGACGUGGCCAUCAUCGAAGCGGCCUGCGACAUCCUCAAGGCCGGUUACACCGAGCGAACGGGUCCGUACGUCUUCCCACCAAUGGUGACAGUCAACUUUGUCAAGAGCAUCCCUUUCGGCAGCGCCGGCACGGACAUGGUGAUGGGCACGGCCUCGGCGUUCCUCGCCUCCCACGGCGCGCACCCCGAGCACGUUCGCGAGGAGACGGUGGCGCUGAUCGUGCACGUCUACGGCUCGUUCUGCUGGAUGCAUGAAAAGCCGGAGUUUUAUGACCCCGAGGUGGCCAACAGCGGCAUGGACUUCCUGACCCGCCUGCUCCCCCGGUACCAUCCCUACCUGUUCGCGCUGACCAGCACGCCCCCGGAGCCCAGUGCCGCCGAUGCCGACGGGCAACUGCAGCGACCGCCAGUGCUCCAGGCCAUCUUGAACUUCACGCUUCUGUCAUUGCAGGGCACGGAUCCACUCCCCCUACGGUCGGCGUCUCAGUUCUGGGUCAGCACCAUCAAUCUCCCUACGGAAGUCGAGUCCGUGCAGGUAGCCAUCCGCGACAGUCUUCCCGCGCUAUGUCGCAUUCUCAUCGUGCAGGUAGCCGGGCGGUGCGCGCGGUCCGAUCUCGACCAUCUGUGCGAAGUGCUGCGCCGAGUGAUUUUCAAACAUCAGGGCCACGCGCGCCCACAUCUGGCGACGGCAUUGUCCGAGUUGCCCGACACCGGCGCGGCUAAGAGCGAGGCGGAAGUGGCUACUGUUCGUCAGGAGAGACAGCGCUUCCUUGCGUCGCUGAUCGCCGCUCGAGGCGCCAAGUCGCAAACGGCCCAGCUGACCCGGACUUUUUGGAUGAAGAGUCGGGGAACGGGGUUCGACUAUGUCAGGUAG